AUUUUGUGUAAUUUCGGGGUUUCGCUAUAAAAACUCAUAAAUGCAAAACCCUUGUAACUUCUGUAACUGGAGUCGAGAGCAAUGGCAAGGGCAGCUCUUUCUCACCUGCUACGAUCAAAAUCCCAACUUCUCGCACCAAGAAGCUUCAAUUCAGGUUAUCAUCUUAGUACAUUUGCAAUAAGGUCACAGUCCCUGAAGGCAACAUACAGUUUCUACCCUCCCAUCCAUCUGGCAGCUCCUCAGAGAAGAUGGGCAUCUCAAUAUUCAGCCACGAAUGAUGACAGCAGGAUCAGCAUUGGACCACGUCAAGAGGGAGACACUAAGAAGGAUGAUAAGGACUCUGGUGUUGUUUAUUAUGGUCCAAUUUCAUCAACCAUCAAGAAAGUGAAGCUUCUCUCUCUUUCGACCUGCUGCCUUUCUGUAUCUCUAGGCCCGGUUAUAACCUUCAUGACAUCUCCAGAUAUGAAUGUGAUCCUAAAGGGUGCAGUGGCAUCAUCUGUCAUAUUUCUCAGUGCUACUACCACCGCAGCCCUUCACUGGUUUGUGAGCCCGUAUAUCCACAAACUCAAGUGGCAGCCAGGUUCAGAUAGCUUUGAGGUGGAGAUGAUGACAUGGUUGGCAACAUAUGUUCCAAGGACUAUUAAGUUCGCUGAUAUUCGAGCACCUGAGACCCAAAGGCCUUUUGUGACAUUUAAAGCAAAUGGGAAUUUCUAUUUUGUUGAUACAGAGCACUGUCAUAAUAAGGCCUUGUUGGCAAGACUGACCCCUCAAAAGUCAAAUCAAGAAUCAGCUUUCAAGAAUCUGUAAGUUAUUUACAUGUUGUGUACUCUUCACAAGCCCUCGGUCAGCUUCAGCUUUUGGAGGGUGUUUAAACAUUGCCUUUUGAUAAGGGGAGAGAGAGAGAGAGAGAGAGAGGGGGGCCAAAUUUAGUGGUUUUGACUUUUGAUUCUUUUAAGUUUUGGAGAUUACAUUUCCCGAAAGUUUUGGCCAAUGAGGUUUGGUAGUUGUAAUAAUAUAUGGCUUUAACUCUUAA